UAGGGACUAGCCGUGAAUGAGCAUUUGGGGGGUGUAACUUGGCUGGGGGAAGAAGCAGCGGCUUAAGAAACGAAAAUGCCUUUUAGAGAGUUUGGGUUCCUGAUUCUGCUUUUGGGAGCGGUCCAGGUGUGUUUCUCUGACGCUGGCACCUUUUGGGAAACAGCUUUCCUGAACUGCGAUGAUAAAAGUUUCUCCUUUCUCUUACGACCUCGGCCAAAGGUCUUCUCCUCUGUAAUAAGGCUUCUGGAUCCUGAAGGCAAGCCCCAUACUCUAAAGAACGACUCCUCCUGUGGGACUUCAGUGGCUCCGAAUCCAGAUGGCUCUGUGGCUGCAAACGUGACCUUUGCUGGGUGUUACACCAAAGCACAAGACUCGAGCUACCGGACGACGAUCCAUAUCGAAGGUCUUGGGGCAGAUGGGCGGAUGACCUCUUAUAAAGAGGAGCUGAGUUGUCCAGAACCUCCUCUUGCCCUGGACACCCCCAGCCCUAGCCUGUGCUCAGCUAUUGCGGCACCAGACAGACUCCUCUGCGGCACCCAUCAAGUCAGACAAGCAGAAUGUGCUGGCCUCGGGUGCUGCUACAGCCCAACGGACAGAGUGGCACCCUGUUACUAUGCCAACAAAGUGACUGCCCGCUGCACCCCAGACGGCCAGUUCUCCAUCGCCAUCUCCAGGAACGCGACUCGCCCGCAGCUCAGCUUGGAGUCUGUGCACCUGCUAAGUAAUCAGGGGGGGCGGUGUGCCCCAGCCUCCAGCAAUAACAUGUUUGUCCUCUUCCAGUUUCCGCUGUCUGCAUGUGGGACGACCUUCAAGGUAAGGGAAUCUGGAAACCGGCAGGUGUAUGAAAAUGAGCUGUUGGCAGACAGGCAGGUCCUUGUAUCUCAGUCUGGGUCCAUUACCCGGGACAGCGACUUCAGGUUGACCGUCCGCUGUAGCUACUCAGCUGAGGAUUCGCUCCCCAUCAGCAUCCUGAUCGCCACUCCUCCACCACCGGCCGCCGUAGCCGAGCAAGGACCCCUUACCUUGGAGAUGAGGAUUGCUCGAGACGAGACCUAUUCCUCUUACUACAUCAACUCGGACUACCCAGUGGUGAAGGUCCUCCGUGACCCGGUUAACGUUGAAGUCCGGAUCCUUGGCAGGACAGACCCAGCACUGGUCCUCGUCUUGCACGAAUGCUGGGCCACACCGAGCACCAACCCCCUGCAGAAGCCGGAGUGGCUGCUUUUGGAGGCUGGGUGUCCUUACAAAGGAGACAACUACCAAACACAACUGGUGCCCGUCGGGGUGGACUCGGGUCUGCAGUUUCCAUCGCACUAUCAGCGCUUUGUUGUCAGUAUCUUCACGUUUGUGGACGGACCUUCUCGGAGGAUGCUCUCUGGCCCGGUAUAUUUCCACUGCAGUGCAUCUGCCUGCGUGCCAUCUGUACCUGAAAGUUGCAGCGUCCUCUGUGAUGCAAAUCCUCUAAGCAGAAGUCGAAGGGCAGCACGAGACCACGCACUGCCUGAGAAGUGGCUGACUCUAGUGACUUCGGAUGGGCCCGUGGACUUCUUUGGCAAGGCCACAGAUACAGUGAUUCAUGAAGAGCCCCGAGCACUCCCCCAUGCAGCAUUAAUGCAGUGGGACGAUACCCUUUUCCUCAUAGCUGGUCUCGUAGCUGUCCUGGCCGUCGGCACUCUUUCCUUCAUCAUCCUGAGGAAGCACCGGGCAGCGCAAGAGGGGCCAAACCUUUCCCUUGCAUAAGAAAAUAAAAUAAAAAGAGAAUGCUAAUGGA